AUGGGUCGCACCGUCGACCAGGAGGUGCACGCCGCGUUCGUCGAAUUCCGCGCCAAGGAAGAUGAUAAGUGCCUCUCCGUCCAGUGCAUCUACUGUCAACAGAUCCGGGCAAAGAACACCUCGCGACAGAAGCAGCAUCUCCUCGAGUGCCCCGGCCUGCGCGGCCACCCCAACGCGCCUCAGCCUACUCAGCCCACCGCGACCCCCAAUGGCCUGCCGCCCACCAAUGGCUACCCGGGCACCCCGAACGGUCCCGCGGCCGCUCCUCCAGGCGCAGCGCCCACGGCCAUUCCCACGCCGAAUGGAACCAUGAUUCCGAAUGGCGUCAAUCCCCAUGCGACGCCGAUGCAGACCCCACUGCAGAGCCUGCAGAACCGCCCGCCCAUGCCGACCCCAGGCCCACCACCGGGACCCCCGGGGUCGGCGCCGCAGUCCGCGACUCCGUCGCGUCCCACCCCCAAGCCAAAGCCCAAGUCGAGCACCUCGAAUCUGCCUGCGCCGCCUCUGGACGACGUGCACGCAGCUUUCGUGGAGUUUCGCGCCAAGGAGGAGGACAAGGCAAGUUUUGGGACGUCUGAAAUAUUGAUCGAAGCUAACGUUCGCGCAAAGAACACCAGUCGCCAGCGUCAACACUUGCUCGAAUGUCCGACCUAUCUCAGUGUUAUGAAGGAUUCGAUUCCUGCCAACAACCUGCUGCACACAUUCCCUGAAGGUGAUGUCGCGCGAUCUCUGCAGAUUCCGGCUCCGACUCUCGAGCUUGAUUUCCGUAUGAGUGUAAAGAUGAACCCGAAAGUCGGCGUUGGCCUCAGUGUCUGGGGUCACCGAGAGUGGGUGUCGUAUGUUGGUGGCCAGUGGGCCGGUCGAUGGGGCAAGGGAAUUGUUCUUCCCGGCGGACAAGAUACCCAAGUCGUUACGAAGGACGCGACGACCAACAUUCGCGCCAAUUACAUGCUUCAGACUGCCGACGAUCCUCCGGCCUUUAUCAUCGUCAAGGCCGAGGGAUGGCUCACCGGCGCCAAAGACGUUCUGGAGAAAGUCAACGACUCUUCCAUGGCUGACGGAAUUAACCCCAGCAGCUACAAAUACCGCAUCAAUCUCGGCAUGGAGACUGGUGACGAGCGGUACACAUUUUUGAAUACCCUCAUGUGGAUCGGCAGUGGCUGCCGCCGCGGCCAAGAAGUCAUCUUCGAUGCAUUCCGCGUCAACUAA